GGUUUCUGUCAGUCUGCUUUUCUCCAUCGAUAUGCUUCCCGACCGAUCUGCACAGUCGGAGAUAAAAACCCCAACAAAUCAACAAAAACCGACGCUCGCGUUGGAACAGGAGAAUCAGGACAUAAAACGGAUCGAUAAACCAGAUGUGAAUCAGAAUCAGAAAAUCCGGCGUCAGACAGUGAAAAAUCAAGAGCUUAUAGUGAAGAUCUGAUGAAACUGAUGAUGAUUAAGUGGCGCAGCAGCAGCAUGAUGAAGAUCACUGGUGGUCAAUACAAACGAUAAAAAACAAAACUAGAGACAGGAAAGAAACUCAAGAGCACAUAAUAAACCAAGAGAGGACAAUACUAAUCCAAGAAAACUGAAUGAAAACGAAUGAAGAACAAAAUGUAAGAAUAAACUAAUUAACUAAAGUAAAGAUAGAGGAAUAUAGUGGUAUGGGAAGACCUUUCGAGCGAUAAUUAGGACUGUAUGGCAAGAACAGACUCUGAUAAAAGAGCUGCAAAAAGCACAACUUUCCAAAGGUUCGCUUCAGGCAGCAGCAACAAGCCGCGAAGCGGGACAGUGGCUCUUUGUUUCAGGGCUGGAGCUCCGAAGAGAUUCCUGCAGCGAGAUAAAGCUGUUAAUGGAUGACUUUCUGAGUGUUGCACAUUAAAGCGCUGAGUCUUCUCAUGAAGUCUCUUGCCUUGAUGAGUGAGGCAGCAGCUGCUGUUAUUGAUGGGCAGAGGGAGCUGAUAAGUUAAGGAGUUGUUUGUAGUUUCCGUGUGAUGUGUAUGAGCUCAUAGUGGGGGUCAUGCCAACAUGGGAGGGAUCGGACCGUCAAGUGGACAGCUCUGUAGCCCGCCUGCCCGCCCACUGCGCUCCACUCCACUCCACUCCACACCGGGAGCAGCGCGUCAGGGCUGAAGCCAGCCAGGCGAACAUACAUGGACUGACGAGGGAGGAACAACAAAAACAAAACCUCUACGCAACUAGAAUAAACCCAUAAGAGCUGCUGGGCGAGUGAGAAUAAAACGGUGACGCAGCGCUCUCUCACGGGUCCCGGUCCAGGUCAGUGUCGGUUCUGGAGACAGUCAGAGGCGGACGGUGGAGUGGAAAAAACGUCGCGGAGCGGACACAGCUGGAGCUCCUCUCCGUCAUCAUUACAGAGAUCCAAGUGGCUGCAGCUUUUGACCGAUCAGUGGCCUGUUUUGUUGUCCAGUGAUGGAUUCACCUACAGACCUUUUCGAUGACUCCUCCCCCCAGAUACGGACAUUUACUCCUGGUCUCUCCUCCGCAGACCUCCCUGGAGUCCACACCACUCCUGGCUUCAGGCCCCCAGGUUUCCCCCUCAUCCACCAUCUCCUCCAGCCGGGCGGAGGCCCACGGAGGAUCCUGACUGCAAACCAGAAUGAAGUGACUGCCACUCAAAUGGAGCAAGAAGAGGGGAUGAUGGAGGGAGAGGACGAGAUGAUGGAGGUGAAAAGGAAGUGCAACGACACCGUCCUCAUGGCUGAGUGGAGUCAAGACGUCAUGAAAGUGAAAAGGAUGAAGCUGGAGUGCCGGCAGAAGGAUAAGGAGCUGGAGGAUGGAGGGAAGAGGAGAGAGGGGAGGAGACGGGAGAGGGAGGAGCUGAAGGAGCAGCUGGAGGAGGCCAGAGAGAGAUUGCAGGCCCUGCAGGAGAAAGUCUGGAGGGCGUUUGGGGAAAAGGCAGAGAAGGAGGAGAAGAAAAGGAAGCUUCUAAGGUGUGAUGGCGAUGGAAAUGAAGGGAUGGUGGAGGAUGAGGAGGACAUCACAGGAGAGAUGUUUGAUGAAGAGGACAUCGAUGGCGCUGACAUGGAGAAGGAAUCUUUUUCCCUGCUUUCGGUUUCCCAUUUUGACAACUUCCACAAACAGAAAGAAGAGUUGCAAAAAGACAGAGAAAGGCGUAUAGAGAGAGGAAGAGGAGGAGACAUGGAGGGCAUCAUGGAGGGAUCGAGACUGUGGCUGGAGUGCAGAGGUCUGACGAAGGGAGACUGGGAUGGUGGAGCUGAAGAUGAGGAUGAGGAGGGAGGACAGAAGUUUGCUCAGGCACUGAAGUUGGAGCUGGGCAGUGCUGUGGCGCGAGUCAUUGACCGAGUCCUUCGUCUUUACACAGAGAUGAUGGACCAUUCCUCCCCUUCUGCUGCCAUCUCCUUCCACUCAUCUGAUCAGGCGCAUGAUGGAGGGAAGGAGAGGGACGGCUGGAUGGGACUGUUGACGAGAGGAAGAGUGGAGGAAUCUAUGAAGGAGAAGGAGGACAGAGACAGAGAGCAGCAGCUCAAGAAGUUGGUUCCUCCUGGACCAGAUCUGGCAAUGCCAUUGGCCAUUCACAGGUCACCUGACACGCGGAAGACCUUCCCUCUCCUCGGACCGCCGCUCUCCACCAACAUCAACUCCUCUCACCCAAACCUCCCCCUCCAUCACCCCUCUUUGACCCGACCCACUCCUCUUUCACACCCUCCACUCUUGCCUCCAGCUUCACAGUCCAAAGAGACUUCCUCCUCCAUCUCCUUCCACCCCACUUCAUCGUCCUCUUCUUCCUCCUCGUCCUCCUUUCCUGCACCACCUCCGCCACCUCCACCUCCGCCUCUUCCUCUUCCAUUACUUCACUACUCCAUGCAGCAGCUCUUCUCCCGCUCGCUCCACCACCCACAGCUCCCGCAUCUCGCUCCAUCUCGGAAGGACUACCUGAACUCCGACCCCUUCCUGGAGUUCUCCUCUCACGCCACCUUCCCUCCGCUCCCUUUCCUCGGACACCUGGACCCGUCGCUGACUCGCCUUGGAGUCAGAGAGAGGGAGAGGGGGGUGAGAGGAGACGGGAGCAUCAGAGGAGGUGGAGGAAUGGACGGAGGAGAGCUCUACCUGACCGCCGGCGGGACUCAGGAAGGAUUGUCUCCCUGCCAUCUGAAGAAAGCCAAGCUCAUGUUCUUCUACACACGAUACCCCAGCUCCAACACACUCAAGACCUACUUCCCUGAUGUCAAGUUUAACCGCUGUGUGACCUCGCAGAUGAUUAAAUGGUUCAGCAACUUCAGGGAGUUUUUCUACAUCCAGAUGGAGCGAUUUGCACGCCAGGCGGUCCGCGACGCUCUCACCCGGGAUGGCGCCGCUCGUGUGGGCCGAGAGAACCAGCUGCGUGUGGGUCGAGAUACGGAGCUGUACCGCAUCCUGAACAUGCACUACAACAAGAGCAACGUCUACCAGGUUCCUGAGAGGUUCAUCGAGGUGUCAGAAGUGGCGCUGAGAGAGUUUUACUCGGCCAUUUGGACUGGGAGAGACAGCGACCCCUGCUGGAAGAAAGGAAUAUAUAAAAUCAUCUGCAAGCUGGACAGUCCUCUGCCGGACGCCUUCAGGAUGCCUGGCUGUCCGGUGGGCUGAGCUCCGUGUUUCUCCUCCACAUGAACUCCAAUGCAUGCUCAAUCGCAUUCUUAUCAAGGUUUAAAUAAACUGUCAAACUGUAAAUGAGGGGUCUGGUUCCCAGUUUGAGGUUGAAAACCAUUAUUUAGGACAUAAACACAGGACAGACAGUGGACACACUCAGUGCUCAAACGAGAGUCUUGUGACUGCACUUAUCUUGGCCAUACCGCUGAAUUAAAAGCAGGAAUUCCUUCUGCAAACAUUCCUCUGCAGUCAGGCUGGAAACCGCAGCUUUUCUACAUUACACGUUUGAUAAAACUCUCCUGCCAUUUGGACUGGCAGGAGAGUUGAAACAACCUCGCAUUGUUUAUCCUGUCACAGAUUCAUAACGAGUCCUUCUGCAUGUGUGAGGCUGCGUUUUACUGACGAUUAGCUGGAAUUUUAGAGAAACAAUCGCAGUUAUUCCAGCGAAAAUUUAAUUUAAAGUACAAGUUCAAUACUUCAUCCACAAACUUCAUUGGGAUUUUAUGUGACAUCGACAGAAAAUAGUGCCCAACUGUGAAGUCAAAUGAGAUGGUUUUCCACAUUUGUUUUUACAAAAAAAAGUCAGAUAUACAUUUGUAUUCAGCCCACUUGAGUCAAACAAGCAGUUCUCAAAGUUUUUAUAAAUCAUUACCAUCGUUUUGGCAAAGAGUUUUUAGCUUGUUAUGUCAUCAAAAUCAAACCGAAAUGUGAUUUUGCAAUUGCACCAUUUUACAGAGGAUGUAGUUAAAUUCUGGAAAAGUGGUUAAACUUUGCAUAUAAAAGUCAAUUAUUCUAGCAGAAGAAAAUAUUUAAUUUGCAUUUUAGAAAAAGUAAAGUAUGACACACAGCUUGUCUUUUUAUAAUCCGGCGUUUUUACCACAUUGAGCCAUCUUCAUCCAGUGACUUUUACUGAAAAGCCAAAUUUGUUGCACCUAAAUCAACUUUAAUUUAAUUUAUUAAAUGUGGCUAAAAAUAGCACAAAGUGCCCAAAUCCUGUUUUUUAGCUGAGAAUAAAUUUGUUCAUUUGAGCCCAUUUGAGUUGCAAAUGUGCAAAACCAUUUGUACAUCAUUUGUUGUAUAAUUCUACAAAUAACAAACAAAUUUGCUUUAUUUUAAUUUUUUUAAAAUCUUCCUUACUGAUUACAUUUAAUUUAACAUUUUGGGCCAGUUGACAAAAACUUUGGACACCCUUGACUUAAAGGCUCUGCCGUUGCAGACUCUCAGCAUCACAAAUUGUUUGCAUAAAUACAUGCAAACAAUACAUAAAUACAGUUUCAGUUUCAGCAAAAAUGGAGAGCCACCAUGUUCAGCCAUUUCAGCACAUCAAGUGUAAGAGUUCAAACACCCACAGCACUGAUAAAAGUUUAAUAUUUUCUCAUUUGACCAGAGUUUGAUCUUCCAUAAAUGAGAUGUUUGGUUGACCUGAAUUUUAGCAAGAGGUGUCAAAGAUACUUUCAUUUAUAAGCACAAAUGAAAUAACAGAUUUCUUCAACUUCACAAUUAUGCACGACUUUGUGUCGUCACAAACAAUUUCAACAAAAUGCAGUGAAAUUUCUGGCUUCAAGGUUAGAAAAUGUGAAAAUACUUUAGCGGGGAAUAUCCUGGCUGGUUCUUUUAAAAGAUUAACUUUGAUUUCCUGCAGCUCAAAGAUAAACAUUUAUUAACAAAACAUGUCAAAUUCCUGUGAAUCCAUUAUUCACUAUCCAGUGGGAAAAACAUCAGUUAAUUUUCCAUCAGAAUCCGUUUUUCUAAUUUCCCUCCAUCUGAAGCAGCUUUUAAUCCUCAGAGACAGUAGUUCUUUAUGAUGCUGGACAAAAUCUUUGAUUAUUUAUGAGAGUCUAGAAAUUUAUUAAUUAUCCUACAAAGUGUCUUUGCUCAGAGUGUAACUAUUGUACAGCUUUUGUGCAUGAUAAAUAAAAAAUGUACUUAACAUGAACAUCUGUUUGGACAUAUUGAAGUUGACAUAGCUGUAUAUCGAUGUUUUUGGUGUUUCUCUUACGUACUCCUGAAAUAUUUUAUAUUUUUUGAACGUGAAGCUGAACUAAAUAAGUUACAAUAUCUGAACUUUUGUUCUAUACUUUAAAACUUAUAUGUUGUGAUUGUUUGUUUGAUUUGGAAAACAAAAUAGCUUUUGUUGGUGUAGUUAUAUGUGAUGUGAAUUCAAGUGCGUGUUUCCCAGAUGUGUAAUUUUUAUUUUUUAUCUUUUUCCGUUGCAUUGUACAGAAUGUGCUGCAGUCUUUGCUGUAGAUCUGUGCCUCAUUCAGACUUCAAUGAAUUUUACGUCUUAUCAGCUAAUUAAAGUAAUACCAACCUCC